AUGGGACAGUACGGUGGCAGCGCCUAUGCCCAAGUCUGCGCAGGUGUUUUGCCACAUCUGGCAAAUGUAGUGACGAGACCGAAUUCACGGUCCACCGAGGAGGAAAUUUUGGUCACCGAGAAUGCGAUCAGCGCUGUUGCCAAAGUUCUCAAGUAUAACUCAUCAAUGGUCGACCUUAACACGGUAUCAAUGCAUUUUUGUUUUACAGUAAUUAAACAAAAAAAAAAAAAUUGGUUGGUGCCGUCUGUCUCUCUGGUUUAUUUUGUCAACAGAAAAUGA